UGAAUGCAGAGCCGGGUGUAAAACACUGCGUCAUCACUGGCAUCGUCAUGUGGUCACGUGGUAUGGCGGUCAGCUGACUGUCGUCUUCCGGGUGCAGCUCUGUGUUGACGUCAAGCGUCGUCUCUCUGCUCAUCAGCAGUCGGUACCAUGAACGCCUCCGACAGCGACGAGGACGUCUACAAUGAGAGGACGGCAUUGGUUCCGUCAGAGACUCCAGCGGUGCCGUCCUACAGACCUGAUGACCUCUCCAUGCCCGAUGACUUACCCACCCAAAGGGCAAAGCCCGGGCUGAGCAGGCGAGGGGGUCCGGCUGCCGUGGACGGCAGCGGUGGUGGCGGAGGCUCGGAUCAGGAGGUGGACGCAGACGACGAGGAGCUGACUCUGAAGUACGGAGCCAAGCACGUCAUCAUGCUGUUCAUCCCCGUCACCCUCUGCAUGGCGGUGGUGGUCGCCACCAUCAAGUCCGUCAGCUUCUACACCGAGAAGACGGACCAGCAGCUGAUCUACACGCCGUUCACAGAGAACACGGCAUCUGUCGGCCGCCGGCUCCUCAACUCCGUCCUCAACACCAUCAUCAUGAUCAGUGUCAUCGUGGUCAUGACCAUCUUCCUGGUCGUGCUCUAUAAGUAUCGCUGCUACAAGUUCAUCCAUGGCUGGCUCAUCCUGUCCUCCCUCAUGCUGCUCUUCUGGUUCAGCUUCAUGUACCUCGGUGAAGUGUUCAAGACAUACAACGUGGCGGUGGACUACCCCACGGUGGGCGUGAUCAUCUGGAACUUCGGGGCGGUGGGGAUGAUCUGUAUCCACUGGAAGGGUCCGCUCCCCCUGCAGCAGGCCUACCUCAUCCUCAUCAGCGCCCUCAUGGCCCUUGUCUUCAUCAAGUACCUGCCCGAGUGGUCGGCCUGGGUCAUCCUGGGAGCCAUCUCCGUCUACGACCUGGUGGCCGUCCUGUCUCCGAAGGGUCCGCUCAGGAUGUUGGUGGAAACGGCUCAGGAGCGAAACGAGCCCAUCUUCCCUGCACUCAUCUACUCCUCUGCGAUGAUGUGGACGGUGGGGAUGGCGAGUCCAAUGGAAGCUCAGCGCUCUGAACACCAAUCAGACGAGGAGGCGGAGCAGAGUGGUGGGGGGGUGGAGCCUGAGAGACGCCAGUUUCCUGAAGACGAACUGGAAGAAGACAGGGGUGUGAAGCUCGGCCUCGGUGAUUUCAUCUUCUACAGUGUUCUGGUUGGAAAAGCUGCAGCGACCGGUGGAGACUGGAACACGACCCUCGCUUGCUUCGUCGCCAUUCUGAUCGGUCUAUGUCUCACUCUGCUGCUGUUGGCCAUCUUUAAGAAAGCUCUCCCGGCGCUUCCCAUUUCCAUCACCUUUGGCCUCGUCUUCUACUUCUCCACUGACUUCCUGGUUCAGCCCUUCAUGGACAACCUGGCAGCUCACCAGUUCUACAUCUGAGACCAAGCCCCGCCCACAAACCUGAUGCACAAGACUAUUUCCUGUGGCCGUCCUCUGCCACAGGAAGUGAUGUAACAGGCAGAGGAAGCUGGGGGUCAUUCCCUGGUCAUUCCCUGCCGGGCGGCAGUUUAUAGCAAAGAUCCGCCUUAAAUCCUCCUGUCAGUCAAAGGAGUCAGCUGAUUGGCCGACGCCCCUGUCAGUCAAAGUAAAACCUUCCUCAGUUUGAAGAAGGCUAAACUUUGGAUUUCGAGUCAGAUUUUCCAGCUCUCAAAUAAAUUUUUACAGUUAAAGAUAAAGUCGUGUGUAGUGAUUUAAACUGAUCCGGGAUCAGAGUUUCUAAUGUUAUCAAUGAAUUCAUCACUUCACAGACAGAAGAACUCACUAAACUGAAUCAUGUUAUAACAGUUAUUUAUCUUUGUUGUGAUGUCACAGGAGGAAAGAACCAGCAGAUUCAUCCAUGAGAGAAAUCAAUAGUUUAAUUUCAUAUCAAUAUCUCGACCCAGACCUGUCUGCAUCCUGUAGAAAGUGAUGAAUUUUAUAACUCAGACUUGUUAUGACUUUUUGUUUCUGUGCAGUAAAAUUAAACUUCUGAAAUAAAAACUAUUCUACGGAA